AUGCCGAUAGAGAAAUGGAAGUCGUAUUCUAUACGUUACCGUGCUUCCCUUGCUUAGAACAUUGCUAAGAACGGUUUUAUUGUUAUGCCUUGCUCUUGGUAUAUGUCGCAAGGCCUUGUCUGUAAAAUGAUCGUAUAUACAAAGCGUUACAAGGCCUAUGUUCGUCGAGAUCGUUCUUACGAUAGCUCUAGCAUCCUGCUUUCUUCUUAUAAGCUUCUCUGGCGUCUUCGUCAGCAGAAGGAGUUUUUGAUAGAGAAAGGUACUAAUAUGGUAGCGUAUAGUCUGUCGACCUUAGACGAGUUAGAGGAGGUUGAGCGGCAAGAGACGCCUGCUAUGCCCUCGUUACAGAUUAAUGAUGCCGUCGAUGCUAUCGACUAGGGCGCCGUCUUUGGUUCUGUCCUAGGUUUUCCUUUAGUCGAUCUAGGUUCUGCUGGUAGAACUGUUCUAGUUUCUUAGGGCAGUUUAAAUUCUUAACUAGUUCCUAUGAGUUGUUUUCUGGUCUAAAAUCAAGCUAUUUGAC